UCAGCGUGGCCGUGCGGGUGGGGAGUGCGCGUACGCACGGGGCGUGGCGAGCCGGCAAGCCGCCGAGUGCAGCGCACGCGCUCUGCUAGAGUCCAGAGCCGCCGCGGAUGCUGCGGCAAGAGCACCUGUCACUAGCGUUAGCCACACGGCACGUACUGCACGCACGGCGCGCGCGACUCGCACGUGUUGCCCAAACCUUCGCUCCUCGUACUCUGUGACAUGACUACCAGUGAGAGUUCAGUGACAGUGACUGUACAGCCGCACUAGAGCUAUCGCCGUCUACGCGUUCUGGAUCCACCCUAGGACCGCGUCAACAUUCCAUGAAUUACAGAACAUCCAAGUAACCAUGCGCCAUCACGACAACAGAGUCAUGAAGUUCCUAAACACGAUACGCGUGCCGCAGGCGGAACCAACAUGUCGAAAACUAGAGGCGGCCAUUCGAAACACAUCGCACACUAUGAUAAAAGAAAACGAACUGAGACAGCUAACGGAAAAGUUUGUCGCUCUGACUGACCGGGCAGACGCCGCACUACAGCGGCUGGAGGCACAGCUCUCCAACGAUCCCGAUGACCCGCCGCCUUCCGAGGAAACUGCGGAGGCUGAAAGAUUAUUGCUCAAACUCAAAGGAAUCAAGGCUGGCCAAGAAUCAAGUGAAGAAUUCGACUGGGGAGAGGAUGCCGGAUAUUUCGAUGACGGCGGUGGAGGAGACAUCAUGAAUGAAGACAAACGCAUCCUGACUGGAUUUAUCAAAAAGGGGAAAAAGAGUGAGAGUGCCACAGCUCGGCCACCGCACCGAAGACAUCUGCACAAACACCCCUACGACCGUGGUCCUAACGCGAGAACUCCUUUUACAUAAACUAAGCUCGUAAUAACUAUAAACCAUAAAUAUAGUAACAAACAGUAUUUCAUUAUAAACCUUAACAUAUAAUCCCUAUAUUAUAUAUAAUUUUAUAUUCAUCAUAAAUAAAUGCAUAUAUACAUUAUACACAAUAUUACUUCCAUCGUCACUUUAAUCAUACACCAAUAAAACUUAAUGCAGGUAGGUGUGUCAUAAUUUUAAUGUUGAAUCAAAAUUAUAGUCAUAAUAAUAUUAAAAUAUUUAUUAACUAAGCAAUUAAUAUAUAAUGAAAUUGAUAAAUUUUCCUUGCAGCUCAUUCUGAGUGAGAAUUCUGGUGCCCUUUGGGCUUUAACCCAGUUAUGUGGUUUCCUAAAGUCUUACUCAAGUAAUGCGCUAUUUUAUCAGUAACCCACCUAAAAAUAAAUACCAAACAGAUUUACAACAUAGAAGAAGAGCUCCCAAAAUGAUAAUGCCAAAUUUUGCCCGAACAUACUAUUAUUGUAAGCCCAGACUUGCUAAAAUAUUAAUAACUAGCUAUGCCUACAACUUCGUGUGUACAACCCGGAACUAUCUCAGCUUAUCUAAUACCCAGCCCGAUACACCUGCCCAUAACAGAGAACACGCACGACUCCGUCGUACUCCGUUCCCCUGUAUGGACAUUUUUCCACAACUUACCCUACAUGUUACACAGAAAAAUAUUUUUCAGUAAUUAAAUUUUGAAUAUAAUGAGUAGUUUAGCGCGAUAGAACAAUGAACGUUUGAGCAAUCAGAUAAAAAAUUCAAACAUUGUUGUUUUACCAUUAGUUAUGUUUCGCGCCCUUAAUUAUUUUUUCCUCGAAUUUAAUUGAAUAUAUGAACACAGAAAAUCUACGAGUUUAUUAUAUUAUAUAUAAUAUAUAUUUAAUUUAUGGCAUCCAACAUGCAAUAUUAACAAGAUUUAUACAAUACUAGGCGUUAAUCGCGGCUUUGACCGCGUUAUAAGCCUUUGCUGCUGCAAAAGUCCUAAUUCACUGCACUGAUCUAUAGCGCUAUCUGUGUGAACCAGAGCAAUCUUUUUAAGUAAUCACUAACCAGACUAGAACACCUUAAUUAUAAUCUACGGAAGCAGGCUACCGAGAUCAAAAAAGUAAAAAAAAUAUGAAAACAGACUGUGGAAAAAGGAACUGAACACCUUAAAAUAAAAAUAAUGUCCAGGGUACAACUUGGGCCUAGUCGUAUGCAAAA